UCGAACAUCUACUGACAGUUCAGUGGCGUAGUCAAAAAAUCAAAACAACACACAUUUCUCUGGUGCAACGUGAACAGAAAAACCACUUUUCCACUGAUUUUACGUGAGUUUUGUGAAAAAUGUACAUUCAUCAUGUCGUAUAGAUCAGAAUCACCAGAUAAAGAGAAAAAGUUCUCUCUCAACAAUCCAAUAAAACCCCUCCAAGAUAAAUGGCUUUUGGUCCCUUCUUUUCUGGAAAUAAAGGGCUUGGUGAAGCAACAUAUAGACAGCUUCAAUUACUUCAUCAAUGUGGAUAUUAAGAAAAUUGUUGAGGCGAACAACAAAGUCAUCAGCGAUGCUGAUCCCAUGUUCUACCUUAAAUAUCUCAAUAUCUAUGUUGGGCAGCCGGAUGUGGAUGAAGGCUUCAACAUCACGAAGGAGACUACACCUCAUGAGUGUCGCUUGCGUGAUAUGACCUAUUCAGCGCCCAUCACUGUGGACAUUGAGUACACGAGGGGUAGUCAAAGGGUUGUCCGGAACAAGUUAUUGAUUGGAAGAAUGCCUAUAAUGCUGAGAUCAUCAAAUUGCGUCCUGAGUGGAAAGACUGAAUUUGAGUUGUCAAAGAUGAACGAAUGUCCUCAUGAUCCCGGCGGUUACUUUGUCGUUCGUGGUCAGGAAAAAGUUAUUCUGAUCCAAGAGCAAUUAUCAUGGAAUAAAAUGAUCACAGAAGACUACAAUGGAGUGCUUCAGUGUCAAGUAACUAGUUCCACUCAUGAGAAAAAAUCCCGGACAAUUGUUCUGGUGAAGCAGGGAAAGUACUAUUUGAAGCACAAUUCCAUGACUGAGGACAUCCCUAUUGUCAUAAUCUUUCGUGCAUUGGGACUUAUUUCUGACCAGGAGAUUGUUCAGUUGAUUGGAAGUCAACAGAGUACACAGAAGAGAUUUGCUGCUUCAUUGUACGAAGUCGUGAAACUCAAUGUAAUAACACAGAAGCAGGCUCUUGAGUAUAUGGGUGGAAAGUUGAUGGUUAAGCGCUUCCAGACGACCAAAGUAAGGACUCCAGCUGAAGAGGCUCGGGAAUUGUUAGCAACGACUAUUCUGGCUCAUGUUCCAGUUGAAAAUUUCAAUUUUUACAUGAAGGCUCUGUAUGUGUCUGUAAUGGUGCGCCGUGUGAUGGAGGCUGAACUGGACAAGUCUUCAAUGGACGAUAGGGAUUAUUAUGGCAAUAAGCGUCUGGAGUUGGCAGGAUCCCUCCUAUCCCUUAUGUUUGAAGAUCUCUUCAAACGUUUCAAUUGGGAACUGAAGAUCAUUGCAGAUAAGAAUAUUCCAAAGAUAAAAGCUGCUCAAUUUGAUGUGGUGAAGCACAUGAGAGCUGCUCUAAUAACCACAGGAUUGGAAUCUGCAAUCUCAUCGGGAAAUUGGACAAUCAAGAGAUUCAAGAUGGAGAGAGCAGGAGUAACACAAGUACUCUCACGUUUGAGCUACAUUUCUGCCCUUGGCAUGAUGACAAGGGUUAAUUCGCAAUUUGAGAAAACGAGAAAGGUAUCUGGACCAAGAUCUCUACAGCCCAGCCAGUGGGGAAAACUCUGCCCGUGUGACACUCCUGAAGGAGAGGCCUGUGGUUUGGUGAAAAAUCUCGCCCUCAUGACUCAUAUUACCACUGAAGUUGACGAGGAGCCCAUAAUAAGAUUUGCCUUCAAUACUGGCGUUGAAGAUGUUCGUCUUCUCUCUGGCAAUGCCAUCAAUCAUCCCAAAACCUUCAUGGUCUUCAUCAAUGGCAACAUUCUGGGAGCUACAAAUAAGCCUGAACGAAUUGUCAAGAUUUUCCGAAUGGUAAGGCGUCGUGGAUUAAUUGGUGCAUUCGUUUCUGUUCACACAUCCUACACACAGCGUUGUGUUUAUAUUGCCACUGACGGCGGUCGCCUAUGCAGACCGUAUAUCAUUGUGGAGAAUGGCAAACCUCUCAUGACUCAGGAUCACAUAAAUGACAUCAAGAAGCGCGUGAGGAAGUUUGCUGAUCUCAUUCAUGAAGGAUUGCUGGAGUAUUUGGAUGUCAAUGAGGAAAACGAUUCGUACAUCGCUUGCAAUGAAUCAGAGAUCACAGAAAAGACAACGCACCUGGAAAUUGAACCUUUCACCCUACUCGGAGUUUGUGCGGGACUGAUUCCAUAUCCUCAUCACAAUCAGAGUCCAAGGAAUACCUACCAGUGUGCUAUGGGAAAACAGGCAAUGGGCACUAUUGGUUACAAUCAGAAGAACAGGAUCGACACACUGAUGUACAACAUUGUCUAUCCGCAAAUUCCCCUGGUUAAAACCAAAACGAUCGAAUUGACGAAUUUUGAUAAAUUACCCGCUGGACAGAAUGCCACCGUAGCUGUUAUGAGCUACUCUGGUUAUGAUAUUGAGGAUGCUCUGAUUCUCAAUAAAGCAUCCAUUGAUCGUGGCUACGGGAGGUGCUUGGUGUACAAGAAUGCCAAAUGUACAGUUAAGAGGUACACAAAUCAGACUUACGAUCGAAUCAUGGGUCCUUUGAAGGAUUCCAUCAGUAACAAGACAAUUUAUCGCCAUGAGGCACUUGAUUCCGAUGGGAUUGUUUCACCCGGUGAAAUCAUCCACAACAAACAGUGUAUGAUCAAUAAGGAAAUGCCUGCGGUGGCUUCGAUAAAUCCCCUGGAGCAGAAGGAUGGAGGACAACAACCGGUUACGUAUACAAGUGCCCCUAUAACUUACAAGGGUUCAGAACCUAGUUGUAUCGAAAGGGUAAUGGUUUCGGCAAAUUCUGAGGAGGAUUUCUUGAUAAAAGUACUGCUGAGGCAGACAAGAAGACCGGAAAUUGGUGAUAAAUUCAGUUCACGCCAUGGGCAGAAAGGUGUGACUGGGUUAAUUGUUCAACAGGAAGAUAUGCCUUUCAAUGAUUUUGGCAUGACACCGGAUAUGAUUAUGAAUCCUCAUGGAUUUCCCUCUCGAAUGACAGUGGGGAAGUUGCUAGAGCUGCUGGGCAGCAAAGCUGCCGUUCUCGAGGGUAAAUUUCACUAUGGGACGGCUUUUGGUGGAUCAAAGUGUCAGGAUUUGCAGGAUGAAUUGUUUAAGCAUGGAUUCAAUUAUCUGGGAAAGGAUGUUUUUUAUUCGGGAACCACGGGGGAGAUGAUGACGGGAUAUAUUUACUCGGGACCGGUGUACUAUCAAAAACUCAAGCAUAUGGUUCAGGAUAAAAUGCAUGCACGUGCUCGAGGGCCAAGGGCUGUGCUCACACGACAACCAACUCAGGGGAGAAGUCGCGAGGGAGGUCUCCGACUGGGAGAAAUGGAAAGAGACUGUCUCAUUUCGUAUGGCGCCAGCAUGUUGAUCAUGGAGAGACUAAUGAUUUCCUCUGAUGCUUUCGAUGUGGAUGUUUGUAAUAUUUGCGGACGUCUGGCUUACUCUUCCUGGUGCCACAGUUGCAAAUCCUCGGCUAGUGUCUCCAAAAUCUCUAUGCCGUAUGCUUGCAAACUUCUCUUCCAGGAACUGACGAGCAUGAAUGUGGUGCCUCGUCUUCAAUUGACGAACUACUGAUACUAAAAUCAACACUUUUUUCUAUUCAAACUGAAAUGGUUACAUCUUGAUUAACUGCUCUUGAAAUAUUUGUUCUCCACUCGCUGACAAAAUGCCACAAGACGAGGAUACUGACGAAUUGUUUCAGCCAGUUGAUUAUUGGGUAGAGGAGUUGUGAGAAUGGCAAAGAUGUGACCAAAUACAGCAGCAUCUAAAUCAAUUGGACUGCAAAAAGAAUUAAAUGUUAUUUAAGAAAAAAAAACAAA